UCUGUCACUUUUCCGUGAGUUGUCAAUUUAUUUUUCUUCUGUCAUUAUCAUUUCUAUCAAAAUGUCGGAAGAUACUAAAAAAAUUAAUUCAGAUAAGAAUAAUCAAAUCGAUGGAAGUGCCGGAGGGAUAGUAUUAAACAAGAGCGCUAAGAAACGAAACAAGCAGAAGAAGAAGCAAAAUGAAGUCCAAGAGGAAGAAAAGAACCAAAACGCAGAGGUUGCUCAAGGAGAUAAUCUCCUGGCCAACUUAUCUAAUCCAAUAAACACCAUUUCAAUUAAGGAAUUAAAAGCUGCCAUGGAAGUUUUUAAUCUUUCCUCCCAAAAGCCUGCCAAGAGUAAUGAAGAAGCACUCAAAAAAAAUUUCCAAUUUUGGAAUACUCAACCAGUGCCUAAAAUGGAUGAAAAUAUAACUGUGAACGAAGCAAUAGAACCCAACAAAGCUGCGUCCGAAAUUAGACAAGAGCCUUACAGUUUGCCCGACGGCUUCAAAUGGGACACACUCAAUUUAGAAGAACCGUUAGUUUUGAAAGAACUUUACACUCUUCUCAACGAAAACUAUGUGGAAGACGACGAUUGCAUGUUUAGGUUCGAUUACCAACCUGAAUUUCUAAAAUGGGCUUUACAGCCACCUGGUUGGAAAAAAGAGUGGCAUUGCGGAGUCCGAGUGGUUAAGAGCGGCCGCCUGGUAGGAUUCAUAUCCGCGAUACCAGCCACAGUAAACAUAUACAGAAAAACUCAGAAGAUGGUAGAGAUAAACUUCCUUUGUGUACAUAAGAAAUUGCGAUCGAAGCGAGUAGCGCCGGUGCUGAUAAGGGAGAUUACACGUCGGGUUCAUUUGCACGGCUUGUUCCAAGCCGUCUACACCGCUGGAAUAGUGUUACCGAAACCUAUCAGUACUUGCACCUACUGGCACCGGUCGUUGAAUCCCAAAAAAUUGAUCGAAGUAAAGUUCUCCCACUUGUCGCGCAACAUGACGAUGCAGAGAACCCUCAAAUUGUACAAACUACCCGAUAAACCAAAAACUCCAGGUUUUAGAAGGAUGACUAUUGCCGAUAUUCCCAAAGCUCAUAAGUUACUCAAUGAGUAUUUGCAACGUUUUGAUUUAGCGCCGUAUUUCUCGGAGGAAGAUUUCACGCAUUGGUUCUCGCCCAGGCCGAACAUCAUCGACAGUUUCGUUGUGGAAGUAAACGGUGAAAUAACGGAUUUCAUUAGUUACUAUACUUUACCGUCUACGGUAAUGCAACAUCCGGUGCAUAAAAAUCUGAAGGCGGCCUACUCGUUCUACAACGUGUCGAAGGGGACGCCUUGGAUACAGCUGAUGACGGACGCCCUGAUAUCGGCGAAACAGCUCGAUUUCGACGUGUUCAAUGCCUUAGAUUUGAUGGAUAAUUCGGAGUUUUUGUUGCAGUUGAAGUUUGGCAUAGGCGAUGGGAAAUUACAAUACUAUUUGUAUAAUUGGAGAUGUCCUAGCAUGAUGCCUUGCAAUAUAGGCUUGGUUCUACAGUAG